AUGGACAGAUCUAUUGGCUCAAACCGGCGGGCCAUAGUAAUCUGCGAUGCUCAUCACUUGAAGAAAUUUUGGGAAAGAAUAAUUGAAACAUGCACCAAGCAAAAAGAAGAUGAAGAUUCUCGGUUACACCGAAGUGCUUUAAAUAAGCUCCGACAUGAAUGGACUCUAAGACUGGAAAAUCAAAUUAAGAUGCUUCAGAAGAACAGUGAAAAUGGCAAAGUGCAGGAUAGCCUGUCUCCAAUUGAAACUUUUUAG